GAGAGAAUUAGUAAAAGAGAAAAAUCUCCCCCAGACUGGGGAAACAAAAUUGAAAAACAAAAAAAAAAAAAAAAAAAACAGACAGACAGAGAAGAAGGGGGGGCCUUUGUCUCUCAAUAAUAUUUUAGUAAAAGGAAUUUUGUUUUUUCUCUGUCUCUCUCACGCUCAGCCGUUGUUGUUCGUCUCCCUGAAUGCCUCACCAGUGUUCAGGUCAUUUGUGGCGACUAUUAAGCGGAGGAGCGAGGGAACCAACAGGAUGGAAAUUUCACAGGGUUCGAAGAUAGCAAUGUGGUUAUUCGACUUUUGCAGCCUCCUUUACGCGAAUUUGAUACAAUGUGAAGGAUGUUCUACCAAAGAAAGACUAAUUCUCUAGGAUUCACUCACUAAAGAAGCUCCCUUUAGCAUGCACUUUUAUCGUUGUUGUUUUUACCUGAAUGAGAUUCAAAAAGAUGGCUGUAGCUAUCAAUCAUCAGAAUCAUGGGUUCAAGGAAUUCGUUCGACCUCCAAGGUGUAAGAUUCCAUCGUUCUCUCAGAUCGAUUACAACAACAUUCUUGAAUCAAGCCAAACGACCCUUACACAUUCUCUACAUCGCGUUCCAUUUGAGUUCUCCAACAUCCAAAAGAGCUUUUCCACGCCAUGUUUAUCCCUCUCUGCGAGAGCGGAAGAAGAUUUCGACAGUAAUCCGAGAGUUGAAAUCAUUGGUGGCCAUCGCGCUCCUAAAGUGCAUGCUUUAGUUGUUGAGGUUGCUAUAGCUAUGGAAUGUGGAGUCAAACCUGAGUUACUGUCAAGUGGCUUAGGUGGUGCUUACCUUUUCCGGGCGACUAAUGGUAGUGCAGUAGCAGUGGCAAAACCUGCAGAUGAGGAACCUCUAGCUUUUAAUAAUCCGAAGGGAUUUGCAGGUCGGAUGCUAGGCCAACCGGGCAUGAAAAGAUCCAUCAGGAUAGGUGAAACUGGUGUCCGCGAAUCUGCUGCCUAUCUCCUUGACCAUGAUGGAUUUGCUGGUGUUCCUCCAACAACAUUAGUCAAAUUUUCUCAUGUUACCUUCAAUAUAAACGAUUCACAAUCAAUUUCUGCUUCAACUUACAAGAUUGCCUCACUUCAACGGUUUACAGAACAUGAUUAUGAUGCAGGCGACUUAGGCGCUUCACGCUUUUCAGUGGCUUCAAUCCAUCGUAUUGGUAUUUUGGACAUACGCCUUCUCAAUCUCGACAGGCAUGCUGGAAAUAUCCUGGUGAAGCACGGUAAAGAAAGCUAUGCUGUUGAUUCUGCUGAACUUGUACCUAUAGAUCAUGGACUUUGCUUGCCAGAAUCACUUGAUGAUCCAUACUUUGAAUGGCUGCAUUGGCCUCAAGCCUCCAUUCCAUUUUCGGAGUCUGAGAUGGAGUAUAUAUGUGGUCUCGAUCCAUUUAAGGAUGCAGAUAUACUAAGAAGUGAACUCCCUUCUAUCAGGGAAUCAUCCAUCAGGGUUCUUGUGGUGUGCACCAUUCUUUUGAAACAAGCUACUACCUCAGGGCUUUGUCUAGAUCAAAUCGGAGAAAUGAUGACACGAAAAUGUUAUGGAGGACAGGAAGAAUGGAGUGCGUUAGAAAAGAUAUGUUUCAGUGCCAAGGUUAAGAUGGAGAGUAAAAUAAAAGAGGAUAAUCAAAGUAUUGCUGAAGAGAAAGAAGAAGAUGCUGGAGUUUUUCAGUUUGAUUAUGAAGAUGGAGAUGACUCAAAUCAAGAAGAUGAAGAAUCUGAUGAAAUCUUGCAAGGUUCUGCUGUAACAGCUAAGCCACCGAAGAUUCAAAGAUUAUCAUCUGUAAGGUCUAUGAGUAGAUUAGUUAAUCCAUCAGUGUUUAGUUAUGAAGAAGAAUGUGAUUGCCUAAGCAACAUUUCUCGCGAUUAUGACACCUUAAUUGACGAUGAUGGUGCUAAGGAGGAUAACAUCAAUGAUGGUGAUACUCAAAAGGCUAGCGCCAUGUUGAGGAGCAUGAGCUUUGGUACAAAAAACUACAAGAAUGAUGGUGAAGGGAUUUCUUUUGGUGAAAUGAGUAAUGAAGAAUGGAGCUUGUUCUUACAGGUUUUCGAGAAGCUUUUAUCAGAGGCUUUCGAGGGAAAAAACUGCAUGUGUUUGUCAAAGCAAAGAUUGGGAUCUUCUUGUGAAUUCUGAAGAGCAAGUCUGGUUUAUGAGAAGAAUUCCAUGUGUAUUUACAACAAGUGUAUAUAUAUAUGCAGAUAGAUAUUAUAGCAUGGCAAAGAGAUGGGCAAAUUUGCCAUCCUUUCCACACCCCUCUUUUAGAAUUAUUAGUCUUCUUGUUAUUACUACUUCUCUUGUUUAAAAUGCCAAUCCCAAAUAUUUUGGGAGUGAGGCCUAAUUAUUGUUGUGUUUUCAUCAUUUAACAUACAAAGAUUAGAGAAUUCUAUGUUC